AUGUUUGCCUGUGCGUGCCUAAACUUCGACCUGUGCAUGUAUUUUUUGCUGACAGGCAACACACCCACUGUUCCAAUAAAUGACCUCCGUGGGGAGGACGCUGCCAGGUACUCGCGUGAAGAGCGUCUCCUGCGAUGCCAGGUUGCUUCCCUAUGCCGCCUGGUCGACUUAAACGGGUGGACACAGUCAAUAUACAAUCACUUGUCUGCUCGAUGCGCAAAAGGAGAAUUCCUUGUCAAUCCCUUUGGAUUACUCUACCAUGAAGUACAGGCUUCAACUCUUGUGAAGGUGGAUGAAGCAGGCAACAUACUGGACCCUGGUAGUACUGUGCUCGGCGCUAACAAGGCUGCCUGGAGUCUUCAUUCGGCCAUUCACGGUGCCCGUCCUGACAUCGCUUGCGUGCUUCACGUACAUCUUCCUGACGUCGUCGCGGUAAUCAUAUUUUUUCUUCAAUGA